UUUAGCCAUUCAGUCAUUCACGCGCUUUUCUCCUCCCUUGUGACAUCACUUUUCUUUCUAUUCAACUGUGUCGACAUUGAAUCUUGCUUGAUUUUUCCGCAUUUUUUGGGUCCUCUCAAUUUCCCUCUGUAUUUCGUCCCCACAAUCUAGUUUUGGUAGCUGGUCGUGAAUUUGUUCUGGGAUUUUCAACUCGUAGCCUUUCGAGAAUCUAGCGUUCCAACUCAUUUUCUUGACAGGUGCUCGAGUAUUCCGGAUUAUUAUUGUUUGUUACAGGCUUUUGAUUUUACUCCCCCCUUUGAUUUUAGCCCUUCAAUUGGUCUUCAAUUCGAAUUCUCGUUUCGCCAUAAUUGAAUCAAGAAUCUGGGUUGGAAGAAAUCCAGGUUCUUGAUUCUCAAGAGUUUUUCUUCAAGAAAUUGCGUGCACAAUUGUUGGCAAGUUGAGAAGCUAUCUGAAAAUUUCCCAUGGAAUCCGAAAACCCUUUAAGUUCUACUCUGUGGAAGCAGUCUUCAAUGGCGCCCCACAAGGAAUACGAGGACCUCGACGACCUGGAAGGAGAACACGAAGAGGAUGACGUCAUCGACAUCGACCCAGGGUUGAAGCUGAUGUAUCUGGUCAAUGCCGGUGAUUCUGACGGCAUCAAAGAGCUUUUGGCCUCCGGUGGUGAUGUCAAUUUCCGGGAUAUUGAUCACCGGACUGCUCUCCACGUGGCCGCCUGCCAGGGAUAUGAUGACGUGGCACAGCUCUUGCUCGACCAUGGAGCUGAGGUGGACUCGAGAGAUCGGUGGGGAAGCACGCCUCUUGCAGAUGCCUUGCAUUAUAAAAAUCACGGUGUGAUCAAAUUGUUGGAGAAAUAUGGUGCAAAGCACUUGAUGGCUCCUAUGCAUGUCCAAAACGCUCGUCAAGUACCUGAGUACGAAAUUGAUCCAGAAGAACUUGAUUUUACCAACAGUGUUGAGAUCUCCAAGGGAACCUAUAGAGUUGCUUUGUGGCGUGGAACUCAAGUUGCCGUGAAAAUAUUCUGGGAAGGAAUUGCUGAUGAGGAUAAAGUGAAUUCGUUCAGGGACGAGCUUUCUUUGCUUCAGAAGAUAAGACAUCCAAAUGUUGUUCAAUUUCUUGGUGCUGUAACUCAAAGCAGUCCAAUGAUGAUCGUUACAGAGUAUUUACCAAAGGGCGAUCUUCGUGAAUAUUUGAAGACAAAAGGUGCACUUAAACCAGCAACAGCUCUCAGAUUCGCAAUGGAUAUUGCCAGGAAUAUCCUGCGGGAUGACUCUGGACAUCUAAAAGUUGCAGAUUUUGGAAUGAGCAAGCUUCUCAAAGUUGCCAAUAGAGUAAAAGAAGAAAAACCUCUUACUUGUCAUGAUACAUCUUGUCGUUAUGUGGCUCCCGAAGUUUUCAGAAAUGAAGAGUACGACACUAAAGUGGAUGUAUUCUCAUUUGCAUUAAUUUUGCAAGAGAUGAUUGAAGGAUGCCCACCAUUCUAUUCAAAGCACGAUCAAGAUGUGCCCAAAUUGUUUGCUGCAAACGAGCGUCCCCCAUUCAGGGCCUCCACGAAAUUUUAUGCACAUGGUUUAAAACAGUUGAUUGAGGAGUGUUGGAGUGAGAACCCAGCCGACCGGCCCACAUUUAAGAAAAUUAUUCCUCGUUUGAAGGCCAUCUACAACAGAUUUGGCCAUAGAAGGCGCUGGAAGGUAAUGAAGCCAUUGCAAUGCUUUCAAAAUACGGACUGGAGCAAAGAUAAUUCGAGUAUAGGUAGUGGAACUCAUUCUUCUCGUCCGUUAGGAAGAAACUGA